CGACGGCGACGCGAGGAUUCCCUUAAAAUUGUGGGAAGACGGGAAACUAAACGGAAAGUUGGCCUAAAAAUAUAAUCGUAAAGAACAAUGUCCGAUGCACAAAUGUCCCGCAGUUCACGUUUCACAGCCGACAUCCUGACGACUGACAGCGACCGGAGCUUCAUCCAGUCUUUAUACGAGUUCAUGGAGCACGAGAAGAAGUGCCUGCAGUGUCCCGACGAGGGUCCCGACGAGCUCCGAUACACCGUCCACCGCUCCGUCUUCAGCAAGGUGAUUGGACGAGCAACAGCAUAUAAAAGGCUUCUGUUGGCCAUAAAGUCGGAGUAUGACAGCACCAUCAGGGAGCUGCAGAGGAGGGAGGAGGAAGCCAGGGCAGCACGGCUAAACGUGGCAGCCUCGGAGUCACGCGUGAAAUCACUGCUUACCUGUGAGCGCCAAGCCGCCCACCUGAGGGAGCGGAUCUCCACCCUUCAGAGGGAAACAGCAGAACUUCAGGAGGAGAUCGAGAAAACUUCUAAAAAGCAGAGCACAUGGAUACCCGGUUUGACAGUGGCUGCGUCCGAGGAUCCCGAGGCUCUGGACGGGUACCUGAAGGACAUGGAGGCGCAGAGAGACGCUCUGCUGGACAGAAAGAGUCACUGUGUUCCUCUGGAGGUCAAAACUAAGUUGGACGCCGAGCUGCAGGCCGCCAAACGCCGCAGAGACGAGCUGAGUGCCGAGAACAACCACCUGACAGUCCUUAUUCAGAGUCAGAACGAGUCCUUACAAACUGAACCCAACCACCUCAGAAUCAGACCAGAGGGAGUCGGGGUCAGAGGGACGGACGAGGACAUCUGCAGCAUCAAGCAGCUGUUUGAGGACCAGCAGCCGGCCGGAGCGGAUGCAUCUGAACUCGUGUCAGAUCACCUGGACAGGUUUCUCGAGCUGUUUGAGUCGGCUCAGUACGAGGACGCCGCUCUAAUCGCCGCCAGAGCUCCUCGAGGAGUCCUGAGGAGCAUCGACACCAUGGAGAUGUUCAAAGGUGUGGAGGUCCUCCCGGGCUCGCUCUCCCCGUCGUUUCUCUUCUUCUGGGCACUGCUGUUCACUGCCGGAGCCGACAGCGAGCUGUCGGCUCCGCUCUCCCUCCAGGGCGUCUCCUGUGCCCUCCAGAGCGGCGCCCUACAGCUCGUCGGCUACGCCGUCACCCAUAAGAAGCUGACCUUCACCGAGGAGCUGGGCGACAUCCUGACUGAGCAUGCUCAGGAGAACCCCGGCGUGGUGACCUGCAUCUGA